AUGGACAGCCGUGAGGUGAAAAUAUCUUUGGAGGAUUCCCCCAGCUCCGAGGGAAGCUUUGCAAGUACCACUAGUGGACCAUGCUGUGACUUAGGAAGUGAUUUGGAAGUGGAGAUACAUGGAGAAGAGGAGGAUAAGCCAGUGGAGAACAUGGCACUGAAAAGCCCCAGUGAUUUGCAGAAAUCCAAGAAUGCAAAGAAGAAAUGUUCCAGCCAACUUUCAGGAGGAAAUAGUUAUGCCACAAACAAAAAUGUGGCUGAAGGUCUUAUGGAUAUAGCUUUACUCUCCGCCAAUGCAAAUCAGUUAAGAUUUUUGAUAACCUACAACGACAAGGCCUCUACUUACAUAUACAGCAUGAUUAUGGUGAUACUUUCUCUGGUGCUACAGCUUCUAGUUGGAAUAAUGCUGAUAUUUAAGAGACGCCUGAAGAGAACCCAGAGCCAAAGCUACGAGAGAAUGAAUGAUCUUCUUGUGAUGGGAGUUUUCAUGAUCACAGUUGUAAACAUAAUGCUGGCCGCCUUCACCACGACCGAUGGCAAUGCCCAUUGA